AUGAAGGGAUUUGGUGGAGCAGCAGACGUUAUGGCAAGUGUUUACCGAAAAUUAUUUGGAUAUGUAAAGGAAGAGCAUACACAGUUAGAUAGACGAGCACUCCUACUGAAAUAUGACAUCGAUAUGGAAAUUAUUCGAAGACAUAAAAAGUAUUUGAAUAGAACGAAGAGAAUUGAGCCGUUAAAAUAUGCGAUUGAUUCCCUGAAACACCAAAACUUGCUAUCUGUUUACAAUAUACACUCAAGUGAAGACUUUGAUGUGGUAAUCAAGAAGGCUGUGUUCAAAGCAAAGAAUAAAUCGUUUUCAUUGGAGUGGAGAGAAAUUUAUAAACACCUGAAUACCCUACUUUCAGACGAGAUUUCCUUCCAAGUAAGAUAA